GUGACCCAGACUUGGGCUGAAUCUGUGUGAUGGAUUAACAAUUGUUGGUCUCAUACACCAGCCAGUCUGAGUGUGGUUUUGAGGCAUUUUUCCACAUUUGUUUAGGCAAAAGUUGGGCUGGUCCCCAGUCACCACCUCAGAAAAUAUGAUACAUAAACAGUUAAAAUACAACACAUAUAAGAAAGUUUCUAUGAUUCAGAAAGGUAGAUAGCACAUACAGCUUCUCUUCCUGAACUAAUGACUGUGGCAAGAGGAAGGGCAUCAAGCUACAAAGGUAAAACUAAAAUAAAUGAGUCUAUCGUAAAAACAAUAGGCCACUAAUGAUGGGAUACAAGCUAGGAAUGAGAGGCAAAUGGGGUAAACGAGAUGACAAACUUAUUUUACCACUCAAUGACUCUGUCAGCACAACAUUAAGCACAGAACAUCUGUGUGCGAAGACAACUAUAAUGAUUAGCUCUGAGUUUCCAAGUGACAGACUAUGGCUGAAUGGAAGGGAAGAGAACUGUGAAAAUCCACGUAUACAAAACUGUUUGAGAGAAGUCCGUAAAAGAGCCGCUAAAUCUGGAAACAAUGAAAAUAUGUCUGCAUGGAAUGUCCAUAUUUGUUCAGAAAAUAAUUUCCCCACGGCUGCUGGCCUUGCAUCAUCUGCUGCAGGUUAUGCAUGUUUAGUGUAUGCAUUAUCCAGAAUUUAUGAGAUUGAUGGUGACAUAUCAGCCAUAGCACGUCAAGGCUCAGGUAGUGCCUGCCGCAGUGUGCUGGGAGGUUUCGUGCAGUGGAACAAAGGAGACCAAGAUGAUGGUUCAGAUUCAUUGGCAACUCAGCUAGCUCCAGCUAAUCACUGGCCAGAAAUGAGAAUUCUAAUUCUUGUGGUACAUGAAAAACACAAAAAGAUAAGCAGCAAGAUUGGAAUGGAACAGAGUGUGAAAACAAGUGAACUGCUAAAAUAUCGUGUUUCACACUGUAUCCCACAAAGGAUACAAGAUAUCAAACAGGCUAUAUUAAAUAAGGACUUUGAGAGAUUUUCUGAAAUAACAAUGAAAGACAGCAAUCAGUUUCAUGCAGUUUGUCUGGACACAUUUCCACCAGCAGUUUACAUGAAUGAUGUUUCACAUGCCAUAGUUAAUUUUGUUCACUGUUACAACAAAUUAAAAGGUCACAAUGCUCUUGCAUACACAUUUGAUGCGGGUCCAAAUGCUUGUUUGUAUAUGAAAGAGCAUGAUGUCCCAAAAGUUUUGGGUUUACUCAGUGUCAUUUUUCCAUUUCCUGGAGAAGAAGACAGCUACAUUAAAGGAAUUCCAAUCAACAAGGACACUAUUCCACAGGAAAUGCAAGCUGCUUUUGGUAUGGAACAGCAAAUGGAAGGGUCAUUAAAAUAUAUAAUCCACACGCGUCUUGGAAAUGGACCAAAGGAACUGAAGAGUCAGAAUGAGCAUCUCUUGACAGAGUCAGGAGUACCAAAGAACCUGGUCGUAUGAAGAAAUAAUGAAGGAAUCAAAAUGCCACUCUAGAUUAUUUGUGUUAAACAAUACUUUCAACAAUAACUUUUGAAUGGAAAUUGUGGUGCAAAACACACUACUAAACAUGGCCUUAAAUGAAUAUAGUGAUAAGAGUUUGGUUGACAGUGAGUUUAAAUAGCACCAAAAAAGCAAGCACAUCUUUAAUGAACUUAUGUACUAUCAUUGCAUCAAUAAAUGUUUCUAAAAAAUUA